CCGAACUAAAGAAUUGUGAAAUCGAUCCAAAUGGCCGAAAUUGCGUUUUUAGGCGGUGGUGGUGUAGUUGCGGCAUCCCAGUCUUCCCUUCUCCUCCAACCUUCCAAAUUUGGAUUCCAUACACUCGCACCUCCAUCAAUAUCCCUGCUCCGCCUUCACCAGCCCUCAACCUCACUCUUUUCUUCCCCCAAUCCUAAGCUGCACACUUCCAUUUUCGCUGCUAAAGUCGUCUCUUCUUAUUCUGAAGCCACCUCGUCUCCCUCCAGUACUAUCAUAACUGAUAACGUUGACCUGUCAACUGAAGGAAUCGAGAUCGAAUUAGACACCGGAGGAGGAGGCAGCGACGGUUAUAAAGAUAUUAGCGGCGGAGGCGGCGACGGUGGUGGUGGUGGUAAAAACGAAGGAGAAGGAGGAUCGCCAGACGAGAGUGGAAGUGAAAAGAAAAUGGCUUUGUCCAUGUCUCAAAAAUUGACUCUUGGCUAUGCUGCUCUUGUUGGAAUCGGUGGUGCUAUGGGGUAUAUGAAGAGUGGUAGCCAGAAAUCGCUGUUGGCAGGAGGAAUUUCUGCCUCGGUUCUGUAUUAUGUUUAUACACAGCUUCCUGCGAAUCCGGUUUAUGCAUCAUCAAUAGGGCUUGGUAUAUCUGCUGCACUUAUGGGAGUGAUGGGCUCCCGUUUUUUGAAGUCCAGGAAGAUUUUUCCUGCUGGUGUGGUGUCUCUUGUGUCAUUCAUAAUGACUGGUGGCUACCUCCAUGGAAUCCUUCGGAGUAUGCAUUGAAAUGAGCUAGCUAGUUGUAACAAUGAGCCGUAUGGUCAGUGGUCUGGUUUGAUAUUUGGCUGUUUCAUAGUGUAAGUGGUGUCAAUGUCUUGUUCUUCCUUUUGGACCCGUCUUUGUCAUGUAUAAGUUUCUGUUUUAGAAUGUGGAGUUUUGUUUUGGAACUUUUUAUGAAUAAAUCAUGCGACCAUUUCUCUAUAA